AUAUGAACAGCCACCUUUUAGUUGGACUGACUACUAUACUCGGAAAAUAUUGAUUUUGCUUCGUUUAACUACUCUUUGUUAUUCUUCAUCACUAAGGCUACGUCAAAAAGGCCAGUUCUGUAUUCAUUGAAUAGCUUUCGGUGUUAUUUGGUUUGACAUUGCAAACACUACUGUCAUGCUUGUUUCACCUGUAAAAAAUUUUCACCGAAGCUGGAAACAGUAAAGCGCUGUCUGUAUAUCAUCUGAAGUCUCUCUUAUUGGCAUCUGGAUGCAUUUCAUAAACCAAAAAUAACUUGCUCAAAAAUUGCAAAAUUUACCGGAGUUCUUGGUCUAAAUUGCUGAUGGGUAUUCAUGGUCUUUUGCCAAUUUUAGCAUCUAUAACCCAAAAAGUACACAUAUCACAAUAUUCUGGCAUGCGUGUAGCUGUAGAUGCUUAUGUUUGGCUUCACCGCGGCGCCUACUCUUGUAGCUAUGAGCUUUGUCAGAAUCUGAGUACGCACAAAUAUCUUCAGUACUGCAUGAAAAUGGUCCACAUGCUAUUGUACCAUAAGAUAACGCCAGUACUUGUGUUUGACGGAGGCCAGUUACCCUCAAAGCGUCAAGUCGAACUCAAUAGAUACAAAAAGCGUUCGGAAAACAGAGAUAAGGCUGUCCUGCUCCUACAGCAAGGACAAAAAAGAGCCGCCUACGAGCAUUUUCAAAAAGCUGUCAGUAUUACUCCAAACAUGAUGCUGAGCUUCAUUGAGCUUUUGAAACAAGAGAAUGUUGAAUUUAUUGUAGCUCCGUAUGAAGCAGAUGCACAGCUUACUUAUUUGUCGAUUAAUGGACUAGUUGAUUUAGUUAUAUCAGAGGAUAGCGAUUUGAUUCCAUACGGAUGCUCUAAAAUCCUCUACAAAUUGGACAACAUGGGCUGGGGGGAGGAGAUUCAGCUUUCUCGACUGUCUAUGACCAAGAAGCCUGAUUUAUCUAAGUUUUCAUUGGAAAUGUUGAGAUAUAUGUGCAUUUUAUCUGGGUGUGAUUACCUAGAAUCUCUACCUGGAAUGGGGAUCAAAAAAGCGUAUUUAUUGCUAUCCCAGCACGGUGACAUUAACAAGGUUUUAAAUCAUUUGUGUUCGAGUCGAGAAAAGGUUCCAGUGGAUUAUGAGGAAGGCUUCAAUAAGGCCAAUUUAACAUUUAGGCACCAAGUUGUAUUUGACCCUAGUAAAAAGUGUGCUGUUCCGCUGCGUCCUCUUCCUAAAUCAAUGAGUAUGAGCAGUUUACCUUUUGCGGGCGAGAUUCUCGAUCCAGUAAUCAUCGUCGAUAUUGCUACAGGAAAACUCAAUCCAAGAACGAGGUAUCCCUAUACCACGGCUGUGCCAGAUCCCAUCGAAUUAUAUUUGAUGGAAAGGGUGGAGUUGAACCUGGAUUCUCCAAAAGGUCCGACAGACCAAAUAGCGGAGAUCAAGGGCAUGAGCGAAGGCAACGAGCCAUUAUCAACCAAUAAGAAAAAACGCGUCUCUCCCAGUUCUGCAUUAGUCGUUCAAGGCUCUAUAUUGGACAAGGUAUCAAGCCAAAAUAAUAGUUUGACUCAGGAUGCCAAAAUUUUCAUGCAGAGAUGCUCAGAGGCAAGUAAAGGGACCAAAAAACCUGUAUUUUUUUCGAAAUUUCAAUCCUCACCUUUGAGUGGUAAGUCGUCUAUAUUGAACUAUUUCAAUAAAGUCGAUAAGUCAAUGUGCAAUGUUCCGAGCAGCGUCGAGCAGUUGCCUACGGAUUCUCCCUGUUCGUUGAAGUCAGUCAAUGGAACAAAAACUAGUAAGGAAAUGAACAAUUGUACUCUGGAUUCAGAGAGCGAGAAGUUAGCCAAAGAUAGAGAAUCAAAGAAAAUGGCUACAAUAAAUAAGUGUUUAGUUGAAGAAAAAGCGUGCUUACGAUUUGCAGAUGGUCAAACGAAGGAUGAGCAUGAUGGCAAUACUCAGAAAGAAAGUUUUCAUAGUUCGAAAUGCAUUCUCCGAAGCAAAUAUUUUCUGCCUCGGAGUGCAGAAGUUCAAGUUUCGGAAACAAAUUGUUCUAUUGAUGAGCUUAGUGAUCUUGGCGGCCGUAUUGACAAGAUAAAGGAUCUGAUUACCGACGAUGUGAUAAGCAGUGCAAACUCGGAACUUUUUGCUGGUUCAGAAUUUGCGGAAACGUUUACCAAAUUGGAAGCCAGUCGGACUGAGGAGGGGAAGACGUCUUCUCAUAAGAUACCUGUAAUUCACUCCCAAGUUUCAGAUCACGACGAAACAAAACAAAAUACAACAAAUACUCCAUCCAGAACUUCCCUAACUAACUUGCCUAUCGAACUUUCAACUCCUUUGCGCUCUCGUUCAGCGGAAACCACGGUAACGUCCAAGAGCGUGUCCAGGCUCUCCGAUGCAAACUCACCGCCGCCUUCAGUUGCUCGGGACACGAAUCAGUUUAUAGAAGAAGAUGAUAAUUUGCCAUGUGAUCGCCAUCAGUUACCAGCUCCUGAAACUGAUACAAAUUGUUCAGACGUCUUGGUUUUGAACAAGAUGAACGAAAUGCGUCGCACGUUUACUUUUGAAUCUUUAAGAAUGAACAAAGAACAGCAAAUCAGAGCGGCCUCUACAAUCGAUCUCUCUAAGUUUGCUUUGAAAUCGUCACCUUCUUUCAAAGAAUCCUUCUCUGACAACACGCACGCGUCGUUUGCUAGUGUGGCGAUUUAUAAUGGACAAAAAGACAAUAGUUCUGAAAAAUCGGAAAUUCUGGUUAGAUCUCCCAUAAAGCGAAGAAAAAUCAAUGCGGCCUAUUUUGAAAAAUUCAAGGCACCUGUCAUACCCAAUAGUGACGAUGAAGCAGAGUUCGAUUUGAUAGAAAAUGCUUGAGCAAAUAUGUUCACAUUUAGAAUGUUUUUAUUGUGGUCUAAUUCUGGUACAAAAAAAUCUAGGUCUGUGCAAAAUAAGCACUGAUCGUGGUUACGUUUCUUUUCGUUGGCCUCUGAACGCUGCCACUUCACAGCGUGAUACAGAAAAAACUAAGCUCGACUCAUUUUAAAUUUUUAGACCUUUUAAUAGCCUAUAAAUAGUUUCCUAUAUUGUAAAUAGGUGUGCGUGUUGCAGGAAUGAUAUAAUAGUAGCAAAUUUGUAUUUGGUUUAUCCAAAAAUAUGUAUGUGAUAUAUACAUAGUUCAGAGAUUUUUUUAGGAGAUGAUGAAUCGAACAUUUAGUUUAUCGCCAAUCCACUCUUGUUUUCCCAAAAAAGGUGGAGAUAAAAAGUCACACGGGACGAGCCAUUCUCCUCUUUUAAUGCUAAGAGAAAUCACUGACUUCAAUAAAAAAAAA